AAGGAUGAGCCAAUGAGGCAGAAUAGCGCUUCAUCACUGGCCAGAGAGAGAAGCCACCUUGCAGCACUCAUCCUAGGGAGGAUAAAGGGAGACUUGAUUGUCUGUUGCCAUCAGGGAGACGACGGCAAGGUGACCCGAAGGACGUAACCGGAAGGAAGUGACAGUAGAACGUCAACUAACAGCAGAAAAUAAUGACAGCUAUUCAGGAAUGAAGCGCCAAUGAUGAUCAACAUUAAAGGAGUAUGAGGCCGACUACCAGACCGAAGCAACUUUCCAUCUAACCCCAUCUCACUCUGCUGGCUCUUUGUUCAGAGCUCAAGGUGUGAACUGACAGACCGUGAAUGCUUGGCCUUGGGAGUAUAGUGGACCCUAUGGCAGAAAACCACACGAUAUAGGUCCCUGCAUAUGAUCUACCAUGGACAAACUGCUCAGCAGCCUCCUGCUUCUGGGAACCGCAGUGAUGAUGGCUCACGCAUGCCCCAAGUACUGUGUCUGCCAGAACCUGUCUGAGUCCCUGGGUACCCUCUGCCCAUCCAAAGGCCUGCUCUUCGUGCCUCUGGACAUAGACCGGCGGACCGUAGAGCUCCGCUUGGGCGGCAACUUCAUCCUCAAGGUCACACCGCAGGACUUUGCCAACAUGACGGGCCUGGUGGACCUCACCUUGUCCCGCAACACCAUCAGUGCCAUCCUGCCUUUCUCCUUCCUCGACCUGGAGACCCUGCGCUCCCUGCACCUGGACAGCAACCGCCUGACCGAGCUGGGACCGGACGACCUGCGUGGCCUUGUCAACCUGCAGCACCUCAUCCUCAACAACAACCAGCUCAACCGCAUCUCCAAGGUGGCUUUUGACGAUCUGAUGCUGACACUGGAAGACCUGGACCUGUCCUACAACAACUUGCGGGGCGUACCUUGGGAGUCCAUCCGCAAGAUGGUCAACCUCCACCAGUUGAGUCUUGAUCAUAACCUCAUCUCGCACAUCACAGAGGGGACAUUUACGGACCUGGACAAGCUGGCGCGCCUGGACCUCACGUCCAACCGGCUCCAGAAGCUCCCGCCAGACCCCAUCUUCGCCCGUUCCCAGACUAACUUAAUACUGACCACUCCCUACGCCCCUCAGCUUUCCCUGAGCUUUGGGGGAAACCCCCUGCAUUGCAACUGUGAAGUGCUUUGGCUCCGGAGGCUGGACCGAGAGGACGAUAUGGAGACGUGCGCUUCCCCUACCAGUCUAAAGGGACGCUACUUUUGGUACGUGCGGGAAGAAGAGUUUGUCUGUGAACCGCCCCUGAUCACCCAACACACGCACAAGUUGUUAGUCCUGGAGGGCCAAACAGCUAGCCUGCGCUGCAAAGCUAUCGGCGACCCAAUGCCGAUCAUACACUGGGUCGCCCCAGACGACCGUUUGAUUAGCAAUUCGUCCCGAGCGACCGUGUACGAUAACGGCACCCUGGAUAUUACCAUCACCACGUCCAAGGAUUACGGCACCUUCACUUGCAUCGCAGCCAACGCAGCAGGGGAAUCGACCGCCUCUAUAGAACUGUCCAUCAUUCAACUGCCACACCUCAGCAAUGGUACCAACCACACCGCACAGCCCAAGUCCCGGCUCUCGGACAUCACCAGCUCUACCAAGACCAGUAAGGGGGAGUCCAAACCUGUUCCGGAAAAGGUGGUAUCUGUAUCGGAGGUGUCUGCGUCCUCUGCUCUGGUCAAGUGGACUGUUAGCAAAACAGCACCCAAGGUCAAGAUGUACCAGCUCCAGUACAACUGCUCCGAAGAUGAAGUCCUGAUUUACAGGAUGAUUCCCGUGGCCAGCAAAACCUUCUUAGUCACCAACCUGGUCCAAGACAUGCAGUACGACCUAUGUGUCCUGGCUAUCUGGGACGACACCGCCACCACCCUAACUGCCACCAACGUAGUGGGCUGUGUGCAGUUCAUCACCCGUAACAACUACCCGCAGUGCCAGUCCCUCCAAAGCCAGUUCCUGGGCGGCACUAUGAUCCUGGUGAUAGGUGGCAUCAUCGUGGUCACGCUCCUCAUCUUCAUCAUCAUCCUCAUGGUUCGGUACAAAGUGUGCAGCAGCCCCCAGUCCAGCAAGCUGCCAGUGGUUAGCAACACGUACUCCCAGACCAACAGUGGGAGUACGCAGGUCAAACCUCAGAUCACAACCACAGUGGUGGUAAUGCGGGAUGAGAUGGUGGAAUUCAAAUGUGGCUCGCUCCAGGGCAGCCUCUCCUCGUCUUCAUCUGACUCGUUGGACAGUCGCAACACUAGAGGCAGAUUAGGAAACGAGGACCAGUACAGUCUUCGAGACAUCGAGUUCAGCACACUCCCCAGCACCAGUAAUUGGAGGAGGUACAGGGGGCCAUCAUCAGCCAAGGCUAGGCCCAACUUGGACAACCUUUUAGGGGCCUUUGCCUCACUGGAGCUCCGGAGCUCGGCUACGACUAGGGACCAAGGGGCAUCUUGUUCCUCCACCACCACCUCCAGUGCAUUGGUGGCUGUGACCAUGGCCCCUCCGUCUGACAAGGAACCCUUGCUGGGCCGAGCCGAUUCCACCACCAUGCUGGGGCGUUUUCUAGGCCUGCCCCAGGAAGGGAAGCCCAAGAGGAGCCACUCAUUCGACUACGGCCACGUGGGUAGCAGCGGUGGCGCACAGAGCCUCAGCAACUACCCCCGUCACAUCAGCAACAUCUGGACUAAGAGGAGCCUGUCGGUAAACGGGAUGCUACUGCAGUAUGACGACAGCGAAGACGGUGAGGGCGAAAAGGCGCCAUUCGAGAGCUCAGAGUGGGUGAUGGAGAGCACUGUUUGAGCACGGGUUUAUGUCGGAUCAUGAGGUCAAAAGAGAAACAGACUUUACAGAAAAAACCAAGGGACCGAAGAAUUAUUUGGAAUAAUACCUAUGGGUCAUUCACAGCACUGUACUGCAUGAAGUUCAUCCAUGUGAAUACUAUUUAUUGUCCUUCUGUCCGUGUAAUUCUACUGAAACAAACACCCAGGUUGGUUGUUCCUAAGACCGUACAAAUCAAUCGACAGGGUUGGCCACGCUCUCAAUUCGCUGGCAGGGAAGACUGUCCUUAACCGCAUUUGAAAAAAUGUAUGCAUUACGGAACAAAGCCCCUAUGGAAUUGUGCAGAUACAGUAUAUGGAAUUAUGCCCGAACCCUGGGAAUUAAUGUGGGAGCAUCUUUGAGAAACAGGGGAAAUAAAGGCGAGGAAUUCAAAGUGGAUAUCCUGUGUCUUUAUCUUUCGAGGUCUUUGCCAGGGGGAUUUUCCUGAGACUGGCAAAGUAGAUGUGCAUCACAAUGCUUUAGACCAGGGCUCUCCAACCCUGUUCCUGGAGAGAUACCCUCUGUUGGUUUUCAAUCCCACCCCAGUUGUA